CACAUUUGUUUAUCAGAUCUUGUGAGUCGUACGAGAAAUUGCCUUUAUUUUCCUUUUUCAUCCAAUGUCUCAAUUGAUUUAUCAUCUUCUUGUCUCUAUUGUAAGAGGAACGGACCUCAACGCCUUCGAUCACAAGCCGAGCUUAAAGAACGGAGAGCUUCCGCUGCCAGCCUCCACUUGCCGGAGUGCUCUUCCUCUUUUACCACACUUUCAUUUUCUGUCUUCAACACAGUUUUCGUGUCCAUAAUGUCUUUCAGAGCGGCUAGGACAGCAAUGUCUACACUCAGAAAUUCUCCUGCAUCACAACAACGAUUAGCCCAGGUUCAGAGGCAUUUCAGUGCCACAACCUCGGCCAAACAAGAGAUUCAAGAUGCUUACAUAUUGAGCGCCUCCCGAACACCUACAGCAAAGUUCAAUGGAUCAUUUACCACAGUUUCUGCACCACAACUCGGAGCUGUAGCUAUCAAAUCCGCCCUUGAGAAGUCGAAAGUGCCUGUCUCGAAAAUUACAGAUAUGUACAUGGGAAAUGUCUUGCAAGGAAACGUUGGCCAAGCACCAGCAAGACAGGCACUUAUCUUUGCUGGUCUGCCAAACACAAUCGAGGCCGUUACGAUCAACAAAGUAUGUGCGUCCGGUCUCAAGGCAGUUGUCUUUGCCGCACAAAAUAUCCAGCUUGGUCUUGCUGAAGCCCAGAUUGCCGGAGGAAUGGAGAACAUGACACGAGUACCAUAUUAUAUCCCAAGAGCGAGUCAACAGCCGGCGUUUGGAAACACACAAUUGGAAGACGGAUUGAUCAAGGACGGAUUAUGGGAUGUGUACAACCAAUUCCAUAUGGGCAUCUGCGCGGAGACGACAGCCAAGAAGUACGAGAUCUCGAGGGAGAUGCAGGAUGAUUAUGCUAAGCAGAGCUACUCCCGUGCUCAAGAGGCAUGGAAGAAUGGUGCUUUUAAGGACGAGAUUGCCCCUGUCACGGUUAAGGGCAGGACGGGAGAUACCAUUAUCGACACAGACGAGGGGUACUUAGAUAUCAAAUUGGAGAAGGUUUCUACGCUUAAGCCGGCCUUCAUUCGAGACGGAACGGGAACUGUCACAGCUGCCAACUCGAGUACUUUGAACGAUGGAGCUAGUGCUUUGGUGUUGGGGAAUGCAGCUAUUGCGAGAGAAUAUGGAGCGGGAUCUAGAGUAUUAGCCCGGAUAUGUGGUUCCGCAGAUGCUGCUAUUGAUCCCGUCGACUUUCCUGUUGCUCCGGCCAAGGCGGUGCCUAUUGCUUUGGAGAGAGCAGGUAUCAAGAAGGAAGAUGUGGCGAUAUGGGAGUUUAAUGAGGCUUUUGCUGCAGUCAUUAAGGCGAAUGAGAAGAUUCUCGGUCUUGAAGGAGCAAAUGUCAAUCCAUUGGGUGGAGCCAUUUCAUUAGGCCAUGCCUUGGGAAGCUCAGGAUCAAGAAUCUUGACAACUUUACUCCAUCAGCUGAAGGUUGGCGAGUAUGGUGUUGCAGCUAUUUGUAAUGGAGGUGGAGCUGCUACCGCCGUAGUUGUGCAAAGAAUCGACAGUGUAUGAUUAGAUAAAAUAAGAUGCAGUAUUCAAAUUGCUCAUGUAAAAUAAAAGUAUUUGUGCAUUACAAUCAAAUCACUGAACACCAUCCCCAUGCAAGGUUCUCUCCCAGAACUGAGGUUCUGUGACGGUCCAGCCAGCCAGUGACCCGGAGAGCCUAUUCCGAAUACAGUCUAUCGAUACACUCGUCCUGUAUCUCCAUUUUCCUCUCUUCGCUGUAUCCGCCACAACUUCGUGGCUCGGCACUUCCUCUAUGCUCCAAGCACACUGUGUCUCCUAGUCCGACUGUUUUCUCUUUCUCUUUCCCUGGGCACACUUAAAACAGCAAACAAGCAUCCAAACAACAGCAACACGCCAAACUGGCUAGCAUCGCCUCCAUGAACCCACUACUGCCACCCCGCCUAUCAUCCAAAUACUGUCCCUGAGGUCCGUACCCCGGCGCAUAUCCUCCAUUAUAAUACCCGCCCUGCGGUCCAUACCCUCCUUGCCCAC